AGAGCCAAGCGAGGGCCCCGGGCACUCCGGGAGAAACGUGAAGCCGCCACCGCCAGCCAGUGUUCGCCAGGUCCCGUUUGAAGCGGGCUGCCACAACCAGAAGGGGGGAUGACUCUGGAGUCCAUGAUGGCUUGCUGCCUGAGCGAGGAGGCGAAGGAGUCGAAACGAAUCAAUGCAGAGAUUGACAAACAACUCCGCCGGGACAAGCGGGACUCCAGGAGGGAGCUGAAGCUGCUGCUGCUCGGUACGGGAGAAAGCGGGAAAAGCACCUUCAUCAAGCAGAUGAGGAUCAUCCACGGAGCUGGCUACUCAGACGAAGACAAGAGGGGCUUCAUUCGGCUCGUUUACCAGAACAUCUUCACCUCCAUGCAGGCCAUGAUCCGUGCCACCGAGAACCUCAAGAUCCCGUACAAAUAUGAACAGAACCGGGGGGCUACACCUCCCUCCCUUCUGACAGGCAGCUCUCUAGCCCCCAAAGCGCAGUGCGCUUUUGUGGAAGCUGUGUACUGCACGGCCCAGGUCAUGGCAGAAAAGAAGUGGGCCAUCGCAGUGGAGGUGAUAUCCAUGCCUUGA